ACUUUCAAAUUGGUCGUAACUGAGAGCUCACACCAUCAUCGAGUCCAUCCCCUUUUCUCUAUGCCAACCCCAAAUCGCUUCCCUCUUUCACAAAAUGCCCUCCCCCUUCCUCUCUAAUCCCACCCCUACCCCACCUCCGGAGUCCUCCUCCGACGCCCCAAACGACGCCGUUCCCGCCGCAGCUUCCUCCUCCUCUUCUCGCUACUCGGAGAUGUGGAACUACCUCUGGAUCCCCUUCCUCAUUUCCCUCUCCAAGGAGCUCACCUCCGCCAAGGCCCAGUCCGCGCCGGCGAUUCUCCUCCCGAGUCAACUCGCCGCCUCCGACUCGUCGUCCCCGAGGUGUACGCCGCUGGACCCCAAGUUGAAUUACCGCCCGGUGAUCGGAAUCCUCAGCCAUCCCGGCGACGGCGCCUCCGGUCGGCUCAGUAAUGUUACUGGUACUUCGUACAUCGCCGCCUCCUACGUCAAGUUCGUUGAGUCGGCCGGCGCUCGUGUUAUUCCGCUCAUCUAUAACGAGCCUUCCGAUGUGCUCUUCCAGAAGCUGAAUCUAGUCAACGGAGUGCUUUUCACCGGAGGCUGGGCUAAAAGUGGUCGGUACUAUGAUGUUGCUGAGAAAAUAUUUAAGAUGAUUUUAGAGAGGAAUGAUGCUGGUGACCAUUUUCCAUUAUACGCCAUCUGCUUGGGUUUUGAACUUCUAACAAUGAUCAUCAGCAAGAAUAAGAAAAUUCUGGAGUCAUUCAGUGCUGCAGAUAUGGCAUCAACUUUACAAUUUACUGAGAACAUGAAUAUUGAGGGAACUGUGUUUCAAAGAUUUCCGCCUGAUUUGCUUAGAAAGUUGAGUACAGAUUGUAUUGUCAUGCAGAACCACCAUUAUGGUAUCUCACCUGAGACGUUGCAACAAAACCCAGAUCUGUCAAGUUUCUUUAAGAUCUUGACAACCAGUACUGAUGAAGAUGAUAAGGUCUAUGUCUCCACAGUACAUGCAUACCACUAUCCUGUGACUGCCUUCCAAUGGCAUCCUGAGAAAAAUGCUUUUGAAUGGGGGUUACAGAUGAUUCCACACUCAGAAGAUGCCAUUCAAGUGACUCAGCACAUCGCAAACUUCUUGGUCAGCGAGGCAAGGAAGUCAUUAAACAGGCCACCUCUUCAGGAUGUCCUCGACAAUCUCAUCUACAAUUACAGUCCAACAUUUUGUGGGAAGGCAGGGAAGGGAUACGAUGAAGUUUACAUCUUCAAACAACCUUCACUGGCACAUUUGUAAAUCGAGCUGUAGAUGGAAAUUUGUAAUAAUGGACAAUGAAAGUGAAAGUAUAUAAUUAGCAUUUCCACUUCAAACAUAAGUAUUUAUAAGGCAGUAGACCUCUCAUUUGACAUGUACUGUGAUUAUCUUACACUCGCAUUGUACACUUAAAAGUACAAUUGGGUCGAGUGACUCAUCGAGGAUACUGUGUAAAUGUGUGAUCUCGAUUAAGAGAAAACUUAAUAAGUUGUUAUACGCUGAUGUGCAUAAUCAAGCCAUUUGGUUCAAGCAGAGCAAAGCUUCAAAUUCUU